CAGAGAAUCAUAAUUUUAACUUUCCAUACUUCAUAUCGACAGACAUUAGAUAUAUAUGUAUAUUUCUUUUUUUUUCUUUUCUUCUUUCAAUAAAAGAUUUAUGAUAAAAUCACUAUUUUAAACAUCUAUAAUGCAUCCGCACAACCAAGUUACCACAUUCACCUAUGAUACCAAACAUUUUAAUUUCAUUGUUAAAUCGCACAAAGAAAUUGAGGCCCCAUUUGAUAAUGUUUUACGACGGAAAUGGAAACAGGCUGAAGAAGCCAAGAUCUUCCGAUAUAUUUUAAACAUAAAGGACAGUAAAACAUUAAAAGGAAGAUACAGGUUUCUGGCACAGUUAAAUCCGCAACGAGCAUUGUGCAGACGUGCGCCACAAUUGAUCACAUCAAUGUCGCAGCCUUUCAAUUCCACAGCCUUUAAUUUCACUAAAUUAAAGCAACCAGAGAUAUUACUUGACAUAGGAAAUGGCGAUGGCAAUGACAUAGUUGCAAUUAAUACAAGCCCCUUGGAACAGUGUCAUUGUUUACUUCUAACAGAACGCUUAAAAUGUUUGCCUCAAAAUAUGACAGAGUAUAGUCUGCGCAAAGCGAUAGAAUUGUGUCUCUUAAGCAAUUCAUGUUUUCUCAGGGUUAUCUUCAAUAGUUUAUGUGCUCAGGCGUCUGUUAAUCAUUUACAUUGGCAUUUAUAUUAUUUGACACAUGAGAUGCUUCUUGAAUAUAUUGAUAUUUGCAAUUAUGCAUAUGGAGUAUAUUUAUUGGUAGAUUAUCCAGCAAAGGGACUAUGUAUAAAAUUGUCCAGCUUUGAAAAUAUUGGGGAUUUUAUAUCUCGAGCAUUUCUCGUAGUGAAUUACUUACAGUUGCAACAAAUAGCACAUAACGUAUAUAUCACACGAGCGAAAUUAAAACCAAAUGAUGAAUUAUACAGUGACUUACGAAUUUAUGUUUGGGCUAGAAAGUCAUGUGUUGGUAUCAAAGAUACAAUUGCAUUUAUGCCAGCAGUAUGCGAACUUUUUGGGCAUUUAUCAAUUAAAGAUGAGAAUGUAUAUGACAAUCUGAAAGAGAAUGAUGUGGUUGAUCUUCUUAGUGAUAUCACGGACGAGUCUUUUUUACUAGUCAAAGAUAAGCUUCUAUAUUUUUUAAAGGAACACUUAGGAAAGGAAAUAUCAGAAAGUUCCAAAGAAUGGUAAUAAUAAAUCGUAAUCCUCUAAAUCCAA